AUGGAUCGGGUUAAAGGUCCAUGGAGCCCCGAAGAAGAUGAGCUAUUACAACAGCUUGUUCAGAAACACGGGCCGAGAAAUUGGUCUUUGAUUAGCAAAUCGAUUCCGGGUCGAUCCGGUAAAUCUUGCCGGUUACGAUGGUGUAAUCAGUUAUCUCCUCAAGUUGAACAUCGGGCUUUUACACCGGAAGAAGAUGAGACUAUUAUUCGGGCUCAUGCCCGAUUUGGUAACAAAUGGGCUACCAUAGCCCGAUUACUUAACGGGCGAACCGAUAACGCAAUAAAGAAUCACUGGAAUUCUACGUUGAAGAGGAAGUGUUGUUCGUUGAGUGCUGAUGAAGGUAAAGAACUUGCUGAUCAGAUUUUUGAAAAUCAUCAACCGCCGUUGAAGAGAUCCGUUAGUGCUGGAUCCGCUAUGCCGGUUUCGGGUUUUCAUUUCAGUCCGGGUAGUCCGUCGGGUUCGGAUAGUGAUUCGAGUCUUCAUGUUACUUCGUCGUCUCAAUCUCAUGUGUUUAAGCCUGUUGCUAAAACUGGUGGAAUUUUUCCGCCGCCGUCGAUUGAUAUCUCAUCUCCAUCAAUUGAUCCUCCAACUUCUCUUAGCCUUUCGCUUCCCGGUGCUGACUUGGCUGAGUUAUCAUCUCGUUCGGCCGAGUCGACUCAGUCGAAAAAUCCGUUUCAACUGUCGCUGCCUCCACCGGUGCAGGUUCCACCACCACCGCCGCCUCCACCUCCACCACCGCAGCCUCAGCCAGUGACGGCGGUGCCGUUCGAACAGCAAGACAAGAUAUUUGUGCCUUUUAGCCAGGAGUUGUUGAGGGUGAUGCAGGAGAUGAUAAAGACUGAAGUGAGGAACUACAUGAUGGGAAUUGAACAGAAGCAGCAGCAUCCGCAGCAGCAACAUUAUCAACAACAGCAGCAAUUUCAGCAGCAAACUCAUCAAUUGCCAAGUGGUUUAGGACUUGGCUUAUGUAUGCAACAAGCUUCUGAUGGAUACAGGGAUAGGGCUGCUAAUCGCAUGGGAAUAAGCAAAUUUGAUUAG